GGUGGGACUGUAAGAGGGUACAUUGAUUCCUAAAUGCUAAGCCCCCUCUGUGCGUAUGGCUUGUCAAGACGGACAGGCUCCGGGAGUAUCCUACGCUUCAUUUUGUCACCGGGGAGGUAAGUGCACACGGCUGUGAGCCGCUCCUCGCGCGCCCUCAGGGGAGGCCCCGCACUGCGAACAAAGGUUUCUGGACCGCUCUAUCCAGGACGCACCAACCUUGCGCUCUCGCGGCCGCCGGCGCGGUCCAGCCAUUGGCAGGAGAGGUAUAACGGCCCCGCAGCGUCUCGCCCCGCCUGCCCCGCAGCCCGGCCGCGUAGACAUCAGCUCCGGGCGCAGCACAGGUCUGCGCAAGGGCCAUGGGCGCCGCGCUGGGCACGGGUGCGCGGCUGGCUCUCCUACCCGGCCGGGCCUGCAGCGCUGUCCGGCACUGGGAGCCCCCCGCGCCCGCCCGAGGCUGCCACUCCAAGGCCGGCCCGGCGCGCCCGGUGCCCCUGAAGAAGCGCGGAUACGAUGUCACCAGGAACCCGCAUCUCAACAAGGGCAUGGCCUUUACCCUUGAGGAAAGGCUGCAGCUUGGGAUCCAUGGCCUAAUACCUCCCUGCUUUCUGAGCCAGGACGUCCAGCUCCUCCGGAUUAUGAGAUACUACGAGCGGCAGCAGAGUGACCUGGACAAGUACAUCAUCCUCAUGACGCUCCAAGACCGGAACGAGAAGCUCUUCUACCGAGUGCUGACGUCGGACGUGGAGAAAUUCAUGCCCAUCGUGUACACGCCCACCGUGGGGCUGGCCUGUCAGCACUACGGCCUGACCUUCCGCAGGCCCCGUGGGCUGUUUAUCACCAUUCAUGACAAGGGCCAUCUUGCAACAAUGCUGAACUCUUGGCCAGAAGAUAAUAUUAAGGCUGUGGUGGUGACUGAUGGGGAGCGCAUCCUGGGCCUGGGAGACCUGGGCUGCUAUGGCAUGGGCAUCCCCGUGGGCAAGCUGGCCCUGUACACAGCGUGCGGAGGCGUCAACCCGCAGCAGUGCCUCCCUGUCCUGCUGGAUGUGGGCACCAACAACGAGGAGCUGCUCAGGGACCCUCUGUACAUUGGCCUGAAGCACCGGCGUGUGCGUGGGCAGGAGUACGACGACCUUCUGGACGAGUUCAUGCAGGCCGUGACGGACAAGUUUGGAAUAAAUUGCCUCAUCCAGUUUGAAGACUUUGCCAAUGCCAAUGCCUUCCGCCUUCUCAACAAAUACCGCAACAAGUACUGCAUGUUCAACGAUGACAUCCAAGGCACAGCCUCCGUCGCCGUGGCAGGGAUCCUGGCUGCUCUGCGAAUCACCAAGAACAAGCUCUCCAAUCACGUGUUUGUUUUCCAAGGUGCUGGUGAAGCAGCCAUGGGCAUCGCCCACCUCCUUGUCAUGGCCCUAGAGAAAGAAGGCGUACCCAAGGCAGAGGCCACAAGGAAGAUCUGGAUGGUGGACUCCAAGGGGCUCAUUGUCAAGGGGAGGAGCCACCUGAACCAUGAGAAGGAGAUGUUUGCUCAGGACCACCCUGAAGUGAACUCCCUGGAGGAGGUGGUGAGGCUGGUGAAGCCCACGGCCAUCAUAGGUGUUGCCGCCAUCGCAGGAGCCUUCACGGAGCAGAUCCUGAGGGACAUGGCCUCCUUCCACGAGCGCCCCAUCAUCUUUGCCCUGAGCAACCCCACCAGCAAGGCCGAGUGCACGGCUGAGAAGUGCUACCAGGUCACCGAGGGCCGAGGGAUCUUUGCCAGUGGAAGUCCCUUUAAAGGCGUGACUCUGGAAGACGGCAGGACCUUCAUUCCCGGGCAGGGAAACAACGCCUACGUGUUCCCUGGAGUGGCUCUGGGAGUCAUCGCAGGCGGGGUCCGACACAUCCCGGACGGGCUCUUCCUGCUGACAGCAGAGCAAAUCGCCCAAGAGGUCUCUGAGCAGCAUCUGUCACAGGGGAGACUGUACCCCCCACUCAGCACCAUCCGAGACGUGUCUCUGAGAAUCGCCAUCAAAGUCCUCGACUUCGCCUACAAACACAACCUGGCCUCCUACUACCCAGAGCCCAAGGACAAGGAGGCUUUUGUAAGAUCCCUGGUCUAUACUCCAGACUAUGACUCCUUUACGCUGGACAGCUACACUUGGCCCAAGGAAGCCAUGAAUGUUCAGAAUGUCUGAUGCAAUCUCAGAGGCUGGUGUGGGGCUGAAUGAAGCCCAGAGUAACACUGACAAUAUAAAUGGGUUCCAAAAUGGCCAUGCUUGUCAUUGUGUUUUUCCUUUGAACUUUCUGGUGUGAGGGGAGAUGCCCAGGCAUAUGGUGAAUGAGAGCCUUGUCCCUGAA